AUGCACUGUCAACGCCAAUGCCAGAAGGUGGCGGCUUCAGCCUUCAAAGCACCCACAGAUUCGCAGAGGUCACCAUUCUCAGCGGUCUUCUUUUGACCUGAGGGGGCGCCGCAUCGGCGCUCUCAUUCCUCGUUGCACUUCCCACUCCUCAGCAGCAGGUGUGGCAUUUCUGCUGAUGGCGGUCGGAGUAUCGCUCAAUGGCAAUGUUGGCUGACAGCUGCAGAAUUUUGGGAGGAGAUGGCUUUCUCAAGCAUGAGGUUCCUUACUAUUGAGGGCCUGUUUGCCCUCAUGGAGAUCAAGUAACCAAGGGAUUACCGGACGUACAUUGCAACCUGCAGACAAAUGCCAUCCUAAAAGAAAGGUGGAGUCUGUGGCCUUUCUCAAGCAAGACAGCGGCACCUUCACCACAACAAGGGUGCAAGUCAUCUCGAUGGUGGCAUAAGAAGAUUGCGGCCUGAAGAAACGCCUCCCUUCAGCCCAUCGCUUCGUUGAGGUUCUGAUCUCUACACUGCGCACCUCCUACAGUGUUUGGAGAUUACCCGAAGUUUCAAGUUGUUUCCAGACAAAUCACAUUUACCUGCUGUUGAAAAGCAAAACACUAAAGUUAUUGAGUUGCUAACGAGGUAGUACUAUCUGAAUCGUAGGUGCGUUGAGUAUGCUGGCCAUUUUGAAUAUGCACAAUAACCGCACAUUCAGGCUUCUAC